AACGUAAAUAAUGAAACAAAAAGACUAAAUUACUCCUAUUAUUUAAUACUAUAUUUCACUUCUUCUUCAUUUUUUUUGAAGAACUAAACCCUAGCAGAGCAGUUUUUUCCCAAAUCAGUGAGCUUCACCAACGCCACCGGAGUCGGCACCGGCACCGGCACCGGCACCGGCACCGGCACCGCCGUUACUCUAAACGGAAGAUUCGUCUCUUUAUCUUCUCCGAUUCAUGUUCGCACUGCUUUUUCUCUGUGAAUUUUCUUCGAAUCUCAUAUUAAGGUUUGAGUUUUUUCCCAAAUCAGUGGAGGCUUCACCAACGCCACCGCCAUCGGAGCUACACCGGUGCCACCGUUACCUUAAACGGAAGACUGGUUUCCUUCUCUUUUUCAAGUUCAUGUUCGCAUUGCUUAUCUCCGCGAAUUCUCUUUGAAUCUCUCGUUAAGCAACUCGGGAGUGGAAUGACUCUUGUAUAAUUCCUAUGUGCAGUUAAUGUUUUGAUUCAAGUGAUUUGAAUAAAGUCUUGAAUUAGAUUGAAGGAUAACUAGGUGAACAAGCAUUAGUGCAUUACCAUUAAUGUGCAUGUAAAAUUCUCUAAACCACAAUGAACUUUGAUUUAUUUUUUCUUGAUUUGAUAAAUCUGAAUGUUAGUUUAUAUAUAAAAAAUGAAUUCAAAAAGGAAAAAUGUAAAUUUUGGUACUACAAUCAAUUUCAAGAUAAGCGUUACCGUGAAGACCUUUGUGUAGUGCUUAAACUUCCUUGGACUCAUAUGCUACCUGCUGUUGAUAACCAUUGCCCAUGGAAAGCAAAAUGCCUUUCUCUUCAAGUAUUAUCCAAGCUAGGCCCAAACUUGAGCAGCAGUGUUGUUCUUGAAGUUUUAGAUAUGGGUCUGCAUGAUGAAGCUGAAAAAGUAAGAACUGAAGCUGUCAUUUCUAUGCCAGUGAUGCUUUUCUGGUCUACUCUUGAUAUAUCAUCUCCUGUCAUUCAAAAGAUUGAGUACAUAAAGAGAGAUAAUGAGAAGGUAAAGAAAUUGGUUCCCAUAACACUUGGUCUGUUGUCAUGCCUUUAUGGAUGCAGAGGAGCUACCUCUGGCUUACAUACAGAUGAAUGCCUAUAUGGUGAAAUCAUUGUUGUUUUCUCUAACCAUGUUGGAGAUUAUUUUGGUGUCUGGUUUCUUCUGAGCAUUUUGGUGCCAAGGAUGAUUAGCAAAAGAACCAUAGAUGGAGCUGCUAUUCAAUGUGAUACAAGCCUGAUGAUUGUAACUAAGAACGGAGAUUUGAAGAUUGCUUUUGUUGAAGUCUGACCACAGUUGGGCUCCAAAAGAAUCUUGUGAAAUAAACCAAUCUAUGUUGGAGUAGAUGGAGAGAUCAACUUGCACAAGAAAUGUGGAACCAAUGGAGGAGAAGACAUCACACUCAAUAAUUGAAAUAAUUUUUCUCUGUGAGGUUGUAAUAUUGAUUUCAUUUUGUUGAUGUGUUUGUGUUCUUGUAUAAGAGUUGUGCAUGUAUGCUUAUUAGUGCUAGUAAUUUUUACUUUUGAGACUUCUUUGUAACUUUCAUUUGCAUAAUAGUAAUGCUUUUUUAGUAAA